AUGGCUCAGCAAUUGACUAUAUAAACGCAACAACGAACCCAAGAAAUAGACAGCUUAACUUUGCCACCACGGUGCUUAUCUUCCAACACGACGCUGUUACUGCCCUUUUCAUCGUUCUUCUCCUGCCCACAUCGAAUCUACGCACCUGGUCUCAUACGCCGAAGAACUGGCACUACAAUGUCGAAGCAACCCAAACUCAACAUUCUCAUAUCAGGCGGCGGCAUAGCAGGUCCCUGCCUCGCCUUCUGGCUCCACAAAACCGGCGUCCCCGCUCACAUAACCGUCAUCGAGCGCGCUCCCGUCCCACGCGCCUCCGGCCAAGCAGUCGAUAUUCGCGAUGCAGGCGUCGACGUGAUCAAGCUCAUGGGACUUGAACCGACAAUCCGCAGCAAGACGACGACAGAAGAAGGCGUAGACUUCCUCUACAUGGAUGGCAAAACGAAGGUUACAUUCCCUGCUACCGGAGACGAGCAGAGCCAGAGCAUUACGUCCGAGUAUGAGAUACUGAGAGGGGACUUGGCGGGAAUCUUCUACGACGCUACCAAGGAGAAUAAGGAUGUGGAGUAUGUGUUUGACGAGUAUUUGGCGGAAGUACGCGAAGAGGCGGAUAAAGUGCGCGUGAAGUUCGCGAACGGGCAUCUGCCGGAAGGAACGUACGAUCUGGUCGUUGGCGCCGAUGGCAUGGUGUCGAACACGCGGCGGCUAGUGUUCGCCAAGGGUCCUAAGAAUGACGACUACCUGCGGAGACUGGGGAGUUAUUGGGCGUUCUUCACCAUCCCGCGAAUCGAAUCCGACGCGAAGUUGUCGCAGUGGUACAUAACGUCCAAGGGCCGACUGGUCGUCACGCGGCCGGACCAGUACGGCGGGACGAGGGCGUAUCUUGCUGUUACGAAUUGGAACAUGGGUCGCUUUGAGGGGAUUGAAAAGGCACUUAAGGGAGGCAGCCAGAAAAAGCAAAUGGAGUGGCUGGAGGAGCAAUUUGCUGGUGCGGGCUGGCAAAGUGAGCGUGUCGUGGAGGGUAUGAAGACAAGUCCAGACUUCUACAUGCAGGAGUUGGCGCAGGUCAAAAUGCAAGAUUUUGCGAAGGGGCGGGUGGCAUUGCUAGGAGACGCUGGGUACUGCCCGAGCCCGAUGUCUGGCAUGGGAACUUCGCUUGCAAUUGUCGGUGCAUACAUCCUCGCGGGCGAGAUAUCAAAGUCGCCAUCCGACAUUCCCAAAGCGGUUGCACACUACCAGUCAGCGCUCAGGCCGUUCGUCGACAAGUGCCAGAAGCUGCCGCCGGGCGCACCGCAACUGUUUUUCCCUCAGAGCAAACUCGCUGUUAAGAUCCUAGAUUACGUCUUUGGUGCUGCGUUGCAUCCUUGGGCUAGAAGUCUGUGGUCAUACAUCUCUGGGCUGUUGCCGAGAUCAAUACAGGGGAGGAAAUGGGAGAUUCCGAGCUAUGAGGUGUUAGAAGUUCUGUAAGGUAUAUGGAUACGGCGUUGCAGAAACUGUAUAGUAAACGGAUCUCUUCUCAGCAUAUCGUACAUCUCGCAUACCAGAUCAUACUACACCGACCGCACUGCGGGGCUCUAGCGACCCAAAUUCGCGACUUCAGAGCGCGACGGCACCUCAUUAGCCCUGCAAAUAAUGCGAAACGUGCUCGGAUCGACUCGCAUCCGGCCGUUGGGGAAC